UCUAUGCUAUGAAAAGCUUCAAAUAAAAGAAGUAGGCGAGCGUUUUGGACAAAAUUAUAACGCUUUAAUCAUUUUGCUCAACUUAACUCUAUGUAUUUGUAACUGGUUACAGCCAAUCCUCAAGACCGAAUUUAUUCAAGGGUUGAAUAUUGCACCUGAAAGAUGGCAGUAAACGUAUAUUCAACUAACGUGACUUCGGAGAAUCUGUCUCGACAUGACAUGUUGGCGUGGGUGAACGACUGCCUGCAGUCCAGCUUCGCCAAGAUCGAGGAGCUGUGUACAGGCGCCGCGUACUGCCAGUUUAUGGACAUGCUGUUCCCCGGCAGCGUGCCCAUGAAGCGCAUUAAAUUUAAAACAAAUCUAGAACAUGAGUACAUACAAAACUUCAAAAUUUUACAAGCUGGCUUUAAAAAAAUGCAAGUGGACAAGGUAAUCCCCGUGGACAAGCUGAUCAAAGGGAGGUUUCAAGACAACUUUGAGUUCUUGCAGUGGUUUAAAAAGUUUUUCGAUGCAAACUAUGACGGACGCGAGUAUGAGGCAUACGAGGCGCGGGGCGGCUUUAUGAUCGGGUCGGGCGCGUGCGAGGCGGGCGUGCCCCUGUGCGCCGGCGCGCUCGCGCCUGCGCCCGCGCCCGUACAGCGCGUGCGCCGCGCUGCGCCGCCCUCCGGCAUCGGCAAGGCCAACACCGUGGUGCGGUCGCCCCCUGUGAACCUCUCCAGAUUAAAUCAAAGUGCUAAAGGCGACUCUAAAGCUCUGGAUGAACUGAACCUUCAGGUAAACGAACUAAAAGCCACAGUAGAUGGCCUUGAGAAGGAAAGAGAUUUCUACUUCGGGAAACUCAGGGACAUAGAGGUGAUCUGUCAAGAAAUGGAAGAACAGCAAACUGGCCCAAUUGUUCAAAAAAUCCUCGACAUAUUAUAUGCGACUGAGGAUGGAUUCGCGCCUCCCGAGGAGAUAGACGGGGACAACCCGCACCCCCCCGAAGAGGACGAGUAUUGAGCAGGGCUCGACAUGUAACAUCUAUGCGUAACAUAGUGCUCUUUCAUAUUAACUCGGAAUUAUAUUGCUUAACCAACACCCGUAUCGAGUGCUUAGUAUUUCACAGCCGAUGAGUCGUGACCGGUGUACAUUACAACCUCGGUUCGUCUACGGACCGCAGCAUAAACCCUUUCACUGCGUGUGACGCGAUACCUGCACUGGCAGGGUAUCUGGGGUGAAAGAAAACAUCAUUUUCUGUUAGUGCCAAGACGAGCCAAGCGAAGCAGGCACACCUACCUUUUCUCUAAGCGCUGCGUCGUUUUUUUUUUUUGAACCCUCAUAACUUAGGUUUGGAAUGCCCUAAUUUCUACUUUAUGUAGUAAUUACGGCAAUUCGUCACUAUUUGCUAUAAUACAACUUGACUUAAGAAUCAAGUGUGAAAGUAAAUGAUAUUUUUAUGAGUUAAUUUUAAUUUUUGCGUUGCACUAUUAAGGAUUUGCCACACUGGAUGCGUUCUGCGGUCAGGUCAAACCCGCAUUAUGUAUGAACAACAUUGACAGCAACCUUUUAAGUUGAAGUUUGACCUGACUGCUGCCCGCAGAACGCAUCCAGUGUGGCAAAUCCUUUACUGUUUUAGUUGUGUAAUGUGGUCAGAGACACAAACUAUCUAAAACUGGCACCACUAUAAUGAUUUUCAAAAUAAACAAACUUUUGAAUAGGGAAGGUGCAUUCAUUUUCUUAACACGCACAUGACUUCGAGAACUAAAUAAACUUACAGCUGUUUAUGUGGCUGUGUCAUACCUAAGUGCAUUACUUUAAACACCGAGCAUUGUUUCUUGACUGAUUUCUGUCUAUAGCUGUGUAAGUUGUUUCGAUGGUAUAAAUCUUCUUGUAUUGUUUACUCUGUGUCGACGAGGUGUUAUCUGUGUAGUGUGGUGCAGAAUGUGAGCUUCUUAAUGUCCUUGUAUUUAUUACUUUGGGCCGCCGGUG